UUUGACAGCUGUUCAGCUCGAAGCUGGACUCGACUGGAGAGAAGAAACCACUUCAUCACCUUAACUUCACACGUAACCGUAACGAGCUGUACAGAAUUCUGGACAUUAACUAACACACGCCGGGACUAUCGAGCACACUGACUGAAGAUGUGCGCCGCUGUGUAUGUCCUGUCCUCAGUGACAGGCUAUGUGCUCGCCUCUGCCCUGCUGCUGAAAUGCCCCACUCUUCUGCACCGGAGAAGGAAAGAGCCUUUCUUCAGCAGGCACAUUUCUCAUCGUGGAGGAGCAGCUGAAAACCUGGAAAACACUAUGGCAGCUUUCAAGCAUGCUGUGGAUCUUGGCACAGACAUGCUGGAGUUGGACUGCCACCUGACGAAAGAUGAACAGGUUGUGGUUUCACAUGAUGCCAACCUGAAAAGGUCCACUGGCAUCAACGCCUACAUCUCUGACGUGGCCUAUGCUGAGCUCCCUCCAUACCUUUGCAAGCUGGGUGUAACUUUUCAGAGGGAGUGUUUCUGCGAGGGGGGAAAUGACAAACGCAUCCCUCUCCUCAGGGACAUCUUUGAUGCAUUUCCUAAUACCCCUGUCAACAUUGACAUCAAGGUCAACAACAGCACGCUCAUCAAGAAGGUCUCCGAGCUGGUCACCAAAUACGACAGAGAGCACCUGACUGUCUGGGGCAACGCCAGCAACCAGAUUGUGAAGAGGUGUUACAAAGAGAACCCCCGUAUUCCAGUGUUGUUCAGCUUGCCCAGAGUAUUGCAGCUCCUAGGCCUCUUCUACACCGGCCUUCUCCCCUUUGUUCCCCUCAAGGAGCAGUUCCUGGAGAUCCCAAUGCCCUCUAUUAUUACCAAACUAAAGGAUCCUGGCAGUUUAACUAAGAGUCAACGAUUCAUCGCCUGGCUUGCAGACUCCUUGCUGAUGAGGAAAGCUCUGUUUGAACAUCUAACUGCUCGGGGAAUACAGGUGUACAUUUGGGUGCUGAAUGACGAGGAGGACUUCCAGAGGGCAUUUGACUUGGGAGCCACAGGAGUUAUGACAGAUUUUCCCACUAGGCUUAAAGACUUCAUGGACCGGAAUGGCAUUUCUAAGCCCCAAUGACCUGCCAAAAUCUACCUCACCCCCUCCCCACCCCCCCAACUCAUACACAGACACACACACACCCACACCAGUGAUUAUCUUUCAACCUGACUGACCUGCCAAAUAAGUCCCCCCACACGUCCACUUGUACUGCAUGCAUUCCAGCGGGGCCACUCGCACAGUGUGUUUUACAGUCAGUAGGGAUCACCGUCAAGUUCUGCAGUGAUUUAAGGAACCAGUCGUUGCACUGAUAGCACAAAUCCAUGUAUUUUAAAUGCUAAAACACUUACAAAGCCCACAAACUGCUAUAUGGUAUUAUCUCCUUUCAGUUGUUUUCUUUGUCCUCUUGCUGCACACACAGGCACUGACAUACACAUACACAUACAGCAGUAUGAGAUUUAUAUUUGUAUUCUACAGUUAUUUAAACACAUGGUCCUUCUAAAGUGUAUCUGUAACAUGGGACAAAAUGGUGACUAAAAAGGACAGUUUGCAAAUCUUGACUUCUAUGAAUGAAUGCUUUCAAGUACGUAACUGACAGUUUGCAAUAUAACUGCAUAUUAUGCUAGGAUAAACACCAGCAGAUGCAGCUGUAAUAUUAAUUAACUGAAGCUGUAAUAUGAAUUAAUUAAUGUAAUAUUAAUUUUGCGGCUGCGUUAUAAUGCUUGGCUGUGAUUUUUUUCCUUUUUUCAUAAAUUGAGACAGUUGUUAAAUUAUAUAUGGUGCAGACACAAGCCCCUCAGAGAGUUUUUGUUUCAAAUCAACAUGGGCAGUGUGAGUACUGAGGUGGGCAGCGACCACUGGUGUGUAUUUGAAUUCAGCCACAAGCAAAUCAAGUUUAAUGUGCAUUGUACUGUAAAGAAUCAGCUAUUUUAUGCUGUUCUUAGAACAAUGGGUUGUAUGUUGCAUAGCUGUGUUAUAGGUUUAUGUGUAGCUGCUUAGUCUAGAAAUUAUUCUGAAUCAAAUGAACUGACUGAGGCGUCACUUGUCCAUUUAUUAACCUGAGAGAGCAAUUUGUACAACCGACAAUGCUUCAUUGUGUUUUUGGUAUUAAGUUUUUCACAUGUGUUAAUGUGAUCGUAAACGGUGUUAAUCUUCCUAUUCAAAAACUUUUAUAUUUUAAUGUGUGGACUUUUAAGUGUACUGUCAAGAUAUCUGAGGUACUGAUAUAUGUUGGUUGAUUGCUUUAUUGCAGUGAUUUGAAAUUGAAAUGUAUUAAAGACAGCAGUUGUCUAGUGAUCCUUCGCUGUGGGUGUCACAGUUUGAAUGUGUAAAGAUCAUUAGGAUUAUUAUACCACUCACAGGCUUUAAUCCAAACCUGUGACCACGUAGCGAGGGUCACUAAUGAAUGUAGGAUUGGUUGAAUGCACUGUAUGUUGUUUGAUAUUUUACAAUCAAAACAAUAUUGUGGUUAGAUUUUCUUCAUCAGACAUUUUUUAUUUUUUGUGAUGUUAAGUGAGUGAAAUAUGCACAGGACUGGUGUUUAUUUUAUACCUGAUGCUUUGUUAAUUCAAAAUAAUUGUUCUUUGAGAGAAAUGCUUGUGAUCUACAUGUUACAGAUCUUACAGUAAUGAAUAUAGUAUGUACAAUAUUUUGAUUACAUUUUCUGUGCUGUACUGAGUAUGUUUGUUUUGCAUGCUGAAGAGAUUAUUUGUCUGGCUGUUGGGACUUUAACAGAACCAGUUGUGGGACGUGGCUGCUUGGUUGCCUUAUCCCACAUGGAGUAUUAGAUUCAAUGAGAGAUUCUUGAAAAACUAUUUUUUCUAUAACAAUA